AUGCCGCGAGGCUGUGGGUUCUUUGAGUAUACCGCCUCUGAAUCCGCCGAUUUAGCUUGUCUGGGGCUACAGAAUCACCCAGCCGGAGGGGGCAAGUUCUUCGCAAUUCGUGCAGAUCAUCUAGUAGCAGCUCCACCUUUCACACUCCUCCCUCCCCUCUCCUCUUCACCGGCCACCGCCGCCACUGUUUCAGUCUCCCAACUGAGCCCUACACCUGUUCUCUGUUUGGCCAAUAUGGUCUCGCCUCGCGACAUUGACUCUCCUGAGGGUUAUGCUGAUGUCAUGGAGGACGUGCGCAGUGAAUGUCUUCGACAUGGAGCCGUUAUUUCCGUCCAUAUUCCCCAACCUAGUACCUCAACUUCCUCGGCAUCUUCCACUGCUCUCUCUACUGCAAAGAACUUUGGAAAGAUAUUCGUCGAAUUUGCGACUGCGCAGCAAGCUCGGGCGGCUAGUUUGGCGCUGGAUGGACGCAAGUACAACGGACGCACUGUGUCCACCAGUUUCUGCGACCCGGUACGGUAUGCAGCUGGAGAGUUUAGUUGA